AUGUCAGGCCUCACUAUCACAUCCACAGCAAAGCUCUCAAGCGGCAAAGCCAUCCCCUUGCUGGGCUUUGGCGUCUGGGACAGUCCUUCUCACCUCACAACAAAAUCAUGUCUUGGAGCUCUAAAGGUCGGAUAUCGGCACAUCGACACAGCCCAAGUCUAUGGCAACGAACCUGAAGUUGGCGAGGCCGUCAAGCAAUCCAGCCUCAAACGGGAAGACAUCUACGUGACAAGCAAGAUCCUAUCCCCCGGCUCGGACGAUGCAGCAACGUACCAGAAAUGCCUCGAGAGUGUACACAAGAUCGGCGGCAAGGAUGGCUAUCUUGAUCUGAUGUUGAUUCACAACGCCUCUCCGGGCGCAGCCAGCAUUAAGUUGAUGUGGCAAGCGAUGGAGAAGCUGCAGCAAGAGGGCAAGAUCAAGUCGAUUGGUGUGAGCAACUUCGGCAUUGGCCACAUUGAGAAGAUGAAGGAGUAUGCGAAGGUCUGGCCACCGAUGGUCAAUCAGCUAGAGCUCCACCCCUGGCUCCAACAGCGAGAAAUCGUCGACUACUGCCACAAGAACAACAUCAUCGUCGAAGCGUACUGCCCGCUCGUCCGGAACCAGAAGGCCAAGGAUCCAGACCUCUCGUCCGUGGCGGAGAAGCACGGCAAGUCAACAGCACAAGUGCUCGUCCGAUAUUGUCUGCAGAAGAACUGGGUUCCAUUGCCUAAGAGCGACAACCCCGGCCGCAUCGCCCAAAACGCCGACAUCUACGACUUCGAGCUCGACAAGCAGGAUAUGGAGAAGCUGGACGGGCAGAAGCAGGAGGCUGCGCUUGUGGUGGCCGUUGAUAAUCAGGCUACGUGA